AGACGGAGGAGGAACAGAAUAAGAAAGAUAAGGAACAAAAUCGCAUGGAGAAGGAACAAAGGCUUAAGGAGGAAGAAAGGGCGGAGAUCGAGGCAGCAAGAAAGGAAUAUUUGAAGAUUGUACUAUCAAGAAUGAAAUUGAUGAGGAAGGUCGGCCGUCCUGCCACUCUCAUGCAUGUACUGCAAGAACCUGGACGCUCGUGAAUUGCUCAGUCGCAACAGCAACUGUGAUGAAAUCAAAUGGGAAAGCGGGCCUGUUGAUAAGGAGAUUUUGCUUGAGAAAGAGAGAGCCCUCUGGAAUGCUGCUAUGGAAUAUCGGAAAGUUCAAAACAUGGACUCUGAAUAUGAUUUGGUUGCUAGCAAGAUGACCUUUUUUCCUAUACUGUCUAAUAAGUGCAUGUGGUACCACUGCAAUCUUGUGGGCUGUAAGAGAGAAACUCCUUCAAAAGUGAUGCGACAGUAUUUCUUUCUUGAGAUCAACAGGACUCAAGGGAAGACUGACACUGUUACAGCAUGCAUUGCACUUGAUGAUGACGUCGACAAUACCUGUAACGCAUGUCCUUCCCAUAGUGGCAUUUUGCAUCCCUGCAAGGGGGGGAGUGCUCCGGUGUCCCCUCCUAAGCCAAUCAAAUUGAAGCGGCAACUGGCGGCGCGCGUCUACGACGCGGCCGUGUGGCGAUUCCGGCGGCCACGGAGCGACCUCAACUUCCAGGAUGUCGAGUCGCUGGAGGAGCCAGAGUUCCUAGCGGCCGCGCCGGGCCUCGUCAACGAGGAGGACCGUCGCCGCUACCAUCAGGCGCACCACCGAAUCGCCAUCGCCGAGCGCGACGAGGAGCUGAUGCGCCAGUGGAAGGCGCAGUUCCUCAGUGACAUCGACAACACGGAGGCCUUCUUCGCUGACCUCAGGGCGCAGCGUAGGUCAGCCAGGCGCCGCCGUCGCGCCACCGCCGAGUUCGAGCUCGACAAUGACCCUCGCUGGGACGACGUUUGGACUGAGGCAAAGGUCAAGGCAGUAUGA